AUGCUGCGCCAGGCUAUUCAAGGAGCCCGAUGGUGUCAGCAUGUCGCCCGCAGCCCUGCGACACGCGCUCCACGCCGGGCCUUUUCCGCCGCACCUCCGCGGCGUCUUGAUUAUGGCGGACCCAACGACAAAGUGACAUUCUACGAACAGGAAUCGCUCGACAGCAAAAAAAGGCGGAAGGUUGACCCUGAGGCCGAGGAUAACGAAGAGCGAGAGGGGGUCGAAAAAGAGCUUACGAAGCUUGAGGAGGAAUUGAAGGUUUUGGAGGAGGGGCCUUUCGCUCCCAACAGCCCCUUCAUCAAGAGUCUGCCAGAGGAGGAUAGGAAAAUUGCUUUAGAAGCUCUUCGAAAGUUCGACGAGGAAAAUCCCGAUCCCGAGGACCAACCUGGGUUGGAUCAGGUUUUCGACAAAGAGCUUGAUGAUAUGCUACGGGAAGAAUUCGAAGGCCUCGCGAUGGAACAAGAGAACUGGGAGGAUGGCGUCAAACAAAGGAGAAUGAUCACAGCAAAACGGUCUGCCGCAGCGAGGAAGGCGGGCGCAGAUCUACACCCAUAUGCUCUCAAAUUCAACAAUUCUUUACGACAAUUCCAAGAGAAGAUGUCCGACGAGCGGUCUCGACAAGAUUUGUGGAAAUGGUACCGAAGGUGCAAGCAGACCGUUCCUGACUUUUUGACCAUUAUGCCCGAGAGGGCACUGGAAGCGUUGUGGAAUACGCAAGCAAUUGGAGAGUCUGAUCAGGCUCUACGAUCAACGCAUCUGCAAAUUCUAGUCCAAGAUGCCAAAUCACUCGGACAAGAACUCACUACGCCCCAAAUCUUAUUUUAUAUCGCAUCUCUACAUGACGCCAGUGCCACCAGCCUUGCCUUGGAGCAAUGGGAGGCAUACCAGGCCGAGCUCUCUCAAAAGAAAGAGGACUUAGAAGAAUACUGGAAACUUGGAGUGAGGUUGUUUGCCGCGGAUAACAACCCGCAGAGAGCGCAGGAUAUUGCCCUGGCCUUUCUGGCAAACGACCGGACCCGCCAACCGCGGGUGCUUAUCCCAGUCAUCAUAGCAUGGGGAAGGUUGGCCGGGAAGGAGGCCGAAGUAAAAGCCUGGGCCCUUUAUCUGCAAUUGAAGAUAUUCUUGGGCUCAGAAAUGACCAUGGAAGAUUACGACCAGGUCAGCAUUGGCCUUCUUACGGCGGGCCGAUUGGAUACUGCUGUUGCAAUCUUCAAAGAUAUGAUGGUGACAGGACAAGACCCGGCCAAUGAUUCUACUGCUUUGUACAAAGCUGCCCUCGGCCUGGCGGGGAACCUUCACGCAUCGAGCAUUGACGAACAUGCUGUAAACAAAGUUUCAUUGUCUGCACUUAAGGUCUUACCUCGUCGGUUCCAGAACCGGUUCUUCUAUGCCAGCUGGAUGAAGAAGCUUAUUGGUAUGGGUGAAGUCGACUCUGCCGCGCUAGUCAUUGAGCUCAUGUAUGAGCGCGGUGUCAAGCCGGAUAGCAAGCACUUGAAUGGACUCAUUGCGGGCUGGCUCCGCGAAGGAAACAAACUUGCGCGCGAUAAGGCAGAGCGCCUCGCAUGGGCCAUGAUCCAACACCGCAUCGAUGCAGUAUGGAAGCGUUUCCAACCAACCGAGAUUUCUCCCAAGCUUCAAGUUACACAUGAGGCAGAAUCCCGAAUGCCUCGUUUCAUGCAGAGAGAUGUUCCACCUGCAAGCAUCGAGACAUUUUCCAUUCUCCUUCUACAUUAUACACGCCGCGGCGAUGAUGACAUGGUCAAAUACCUGGUCAAAUGCCUUGGAGAUGCCCAGAUUAGACCCAAUUCCUACUUCAUGAACCAUCUUCUAUUCGCCGAACUCCGAAAACAAAAUGUGCGAGCCCUCUGGUCCAAAUAUCAGAACAUGUCUGUCGCCAUCCGGCCCGACUUGGAAACAUAUGCCUGCCUUUGGGACUGCGCCAAAAUCCAAUUCGAUCGCGGGCGCACUGCCUUUGACAUUGGUUUCCCAUCCGCACGGCAAUUAUAUGCCAACAUGAUGUCCUGGUACUCGAAGUUAUCCCCCGCCAACCAGAAAGCCACACAAGAACAGAUGUCCAAGAAUCUAUAUGACCAGAUUGUAAGAUGCUUCUGUCUCUCGAAAGACGUCUCUGGCACACUCGUCGCCAUCCACUCAAUGCGAUCCGUCUUUGGUUUUGCACCUGACGAAACCACGGUCCGCAUGAUCGUGCUUCAGGUUGCGCGCCUGGCUGGUGUACCAGCCGAUACCCCGAAGCGGCGUCUCCGCCGCUUGUCUUCCACCCCGCGAAGCAAGGAGAAUAUCGGCCAAGUUACCCGUUUGCUGAAGCUGCUGAGUGACCGCAAAGCCGAAAGCCUGCGCGUGCAGGGAUUGAGUAUUGAGCAGUUGGAUCCAGAUGAAAUGAAGCAAUAUCAAAUGGAGAUCAUGGCCAGCCUACUACGUGUUGUGUUGAGCAAAACAGAUGACUUGGACCCUGCCCAAAUCGAGGGUAAACUCGAGGUCGCGGCGAAGGAGAUGUUGUCUCAGCAGAUCGACUUGGGGUCACCUUUGGGGUUGCACGAUAGCAAGCUUCUGUAA